AUGGGCUCCAGCAUCUUCCCACUCUGCCUAGCACUUCUAUUCUGUUAUGUUUAUGGUACUCCAGCCUCUGUCGGGCACCUCUCCAGUGAAGCUGAUGAUGCUGGUGAGAUAAUCAAAGACAUUCCAGACAUAAACUUAGCUGCUGGACUGGACCUCUUCCAGGGUGAUAUCAUGCUCCCUAAAAAUCAGCGAAAUGCCCUAAGAAAUGAGAUCUACAGAUGGAAGUUCCCCAUUCCCUAUAUUCUGGGUGAUAACCUAGAUCUGAAUGCCAAAGGAGUAAUUCUCCAGGCAUUUGAAAUGUUCCGUCUUAAGUCUUGCAUUGAUUUCAAGCCAUAUGAAGGAGAGAGAACCUACAUAUUCUUUAAAAAAGAAACCGGGUGUUGGUCCAUGGUGGGGGACCUGCAGACUGGACAGACCCUCUCUAUUGGGGCAGGGUGUGACUACAGAGCAAUUGUGGAACAUGAGAUCCUGCAUGCUUUAGGAUUUUACCAUGAGCAGUCGAGGAUGGACCGGGAUGACUAUGUGACAAUCUGGUGGGAUGAAAUUAUUGCAGGCCAAGAGCACAAUUUUCUGAAGUACAAUGACAGCUACAUCACUGAUCUAAACACCCCCUAUGACUAUGAAUCAUUGAUGCACUAUGAACCAUUUUCAUUUAACAAAAAUGAAAGCAAGCCCACAAUCACGGCGAAGAUACCAGAAUUUAAUGACAUAAUUGGACAACGUCUAGACAUCAGUGCCAUUGACCUGAAAAGACUGAAUCGCAUGUAUAACUGCACUUCAACUCACACUUUUUUGGACCAGUGUUCUUUUGAGUUUGAAAGUAUCUGCGGCAUGAUUCAGGGCACCAGAGAUGAUCUAGACUGGGUCCAUCAAAAGAGCAGUGCUACAGGGCAGGAAGACCACACACUUUCUGGGCGCUGUAGAGAUGCUGGCUAUUUCAUGUACUUCAACACCAGCUCUGGCAAGGCAGGUGAGGUGGCAGUCCUAGAGUCUCGAAUCCUUUAUCCAAAGAGAACUCAGCAGUGCCUCCAGUUCUUCUAUAAGAUGACAGGAAGCCUUUCUGACAAGCUGGUCAUCUGGCUUAAAGAGGAUGAUGGCACUGGAAAUGUUCGCAAGAUGAGGAAAAUUCAAACCUUUCAAGCGGAUAAUGACUAUAACUGGAAAAUUGCCCACGUAACCCUCAACGCUCAGAAUAAGUUCCGCUACCUCUUCCAAGGACUAAAGGGCAACUCCAGCUCUUCAACUGGUGGGAUUGCUAUCGAUGAUGUCACACUGACAGAGAUCCCCUGUCCCACAGCUGUGUGGGUCAUUCGGAAUUUCAGCCAAAUCCUCAAAAACACAUCAAGUGAUGUUAUUCAAAGCCCUCGGUUUUAUAGCCCCGAGGGUUAUGGGUUUGGCAUAAGUUUGCAUCCCCACUCCAGCAUCAGUGGCUACACUCGGGUUGCCUUUCACUUGUGCAGUGGAGAGAACGAUGGUGUCCUGGAGUGGCCAGCUCUGAACCGCCAAGCUGUACUCACAGUGCUGGACCAGGACCCUGAUGUCUUGAAAAGGAUGUCCUCAAGCAAAAGCUUCACCACAAGCAAAGACCAUCUUAACUCAGGUAAGUGGGAUGCUAAUGGAACCAUAAUAUGGGAGAAACCAUCAAUUGCUGGAAAAUUUGAUGCCUCGUGCAAUUGUUAUAGAAGUGUUUCAUGGGGGUGGACUAACUUCAUAUCCCACAGACAGAUGAGACGGAGAAGCUUCCUGAAAAAUGAUGACUUGAUUAUUUUUGCAGAAUUUAAUGAUCUAAUUCACCUCAAUAACACUGAAGUCCCUGUCAAACGGGAACAAUCUGCCUUCAUGGAAGGCCUCAUUCUUGAAAGGCAGAAGAGAGCAGCCCAGGAUAUGGAGCCCGUUCAAGACCGGCUGCCUUAUCUGCAAGACCCGUGUGACCCAAACCCUUGCCAGAAUGACGGGGUCUGUGUGAAUGUGAAAGGGAAAGCAAGCUGCAGGUGCCCAUCAGGACAAGCCUUCUUCUUUAUCGGUGAGAGGUGUCAGUCAAGACAGGUCCAUGGGAGCAUCCUGGGAAUGACAGCUGGUGGAAUUGCUGGAACCAUUGUCUUAACCAUUGUCCUCAUUUCCUUGAUGGCUAGAAGAUAAAGAGCUGCAGCAGGAUAAAGCUCAGCCUG